AUGGAGGGUGUCACUGAGUUUACCGAAUACAUAUCUGAGACUGUGGAUGUACCAUCCCCAUUUGACCUUCUUGAGCCUCCAACCUCUGGAGGAUUCCUGAAGCUGUCAAAGCCUUGCUGCUACAUUUUUCCUGGUGGACGGGGGGAUUCUGCACUUUUUGCCGUCAAUGGUUUUAACAUUCUGAUUGAUGGUGGCUCUGACAGAAGGUCAUGCUUCUGGAAGCUUCGAAGCAUUGAGGAAGCCUCUCUUACAUUGCAAUACCUCAACAAGCUAGGAAUUAAGCCUGAGCCUCUUUUUCGAGUGGUUAGCAAUACCAUCGAGCCCAUCACUCUUUUUCAUAAGAUGGGUGUGGGCAGGUUAGACAUGUUUGUCCUGAACCCUGUUAAGGACAGUAAGGAAAUGCAGUUCCUCAUGCAGAAGUGGGCAGGUAACAGCAAGGCCAAGACAGGGAUAGUGCUUCCCAAUGGAAAAGAGGGAGAAAUAUCUGUCCCGUAUUUGACAUCUAUUACUGCUCUCGUUGUAUGGCUCCCUGCCAACCCUACAGAAAAAAUCAUCAGAGUUUUGUUCCCUGGAAAUGCACCGCAGAACAAAAUCCUUGAAGGGCUUGAAAAGUUGAAGCACCUUGAUUUCUUGCGGUAUCCGGUAGCCACCCAAAAAGACAUUAAUUCUGGCAUUUCACCUUCAGCAGUAAAACAAACAAAGCUAAAGCAAAGAACUGACAGCAAAGAAAGUCUCAAAUCAUCUCCCAAGACUCAAGCACCAGCUAAGCCUUUUAAGAAAGAAACCGACGAGCAUGAGGAUGUAUCCAUUGUCGAAAUGAAGACUGACUCUGUCAACGAGAACAAAAUUGAGAAAAAAGAAGAAAAGAAGCACACCAAGCCAUUGAAACCAAAAACAGAAGUGACAGAAAAGAAAAAAUUAUUGAAGGAGAAAUCACUGAAAAAACACCCCAAGGAAAGGGUGUCCAAAAUGGAUGAAAAGAAAGACAAAGAAAAGAGGGAAGUUAAGAAAGAAAAACGUGAAAUUAAAAAAGAUGAUGCUGUGAAAAAAGAUGAGAAAAAGGUUAAAACCAAGGACACUUUAAAACCUGAACUGAGAAAAAUAACUAAACCUGACCUGAAACCUUUUACACCAGAGGUGAGGAAGACCCUCAACAAGGCCAAAACCCAAGGGAAACCCAAAACAAUAAAGAGUAAACCAACAACUGCCAAGUUAGAGAGUGCAAGGAUUGUGGCAGAACCAGUGGCUGAGAAGAUUGAACCUGAGAAACCGGAGAAUGUGACAGGAAAAGUAAUAUAUGCUCCAUCUACUCCAGAAGAUUUAACAAAAGACUUUGAUGAAAUGAGACCUACUGAAAUGACAGAUCACUCUGAAGCCCCGAAAAGUGCCCUUACUGUCUCCGGAUUACCAGCUAAAAGAGAUGAUGAUGUAGCAGAGGAGCAAGAACAAGAUCAUGUUACAGAAACCGAUAUUGUGGAACAAAAAGCUACAGAGAAAGAAGCAGCGCCAUCAGCAGAAAUCCAAGAAGUGCGAUCAGCAGAAGUGAAAGAACAACAGGAUGAGCCCCAAAUAUCAGAAUUAGAAAAAUUUGAGGAUGAGGGUGCUGCAAUUGAAGAUGAAGAUGAGGAAGAGGUUGAGACACAGCCUGUUAGAAAGAAGAUAGAGGAGGAGGAGGAAGACAUGGGAAUAGGAGAUGAAGAGGAUGAAGGGGCAAUAAAGGAAACCAAAGACUUAGAGGGAGUGGACAGAAAACAUGAAGUUGAGGAAAUGGAGAAGCAAAAACAAGUGGAGGAAAGAAAGACUGAAGCUGAAGAGGAGCAGUUUGAAGAAGAGGAUGUGAUUGAAAAAGCCGAGCUAGAGGAGGCAGAGGAUUUGGAUGCCAUUGCAGAUGAAGAAAUAAAAGAUAUCUCUGCUGAGAAAGUCAAGGAAGAAGAGGAUGCAUACUUGCCAAAUGUUGGAGGUGUUAGAGCUGGUAUUACCUCUACAGCCCAAGGAGCUGCAGCAGCAGAAAACUUGUCAUAUAUUCAGGAUGAAACCAUCCCAGGUUACUCUGAGACUGAACAGACCAUCUCAGAUGAGGAGAUCCAUGAAGAAGCAGAGGACAGGAUACCACACCUUCAAUAUGAGGUUGGUAGCUAUGAUGUCUCGGUCCCAGACCAACCAGGCUCCUUUGAUGCCAUCCAUGGAAUGAGAGAAAUGCAAGCCGCUGCAAUGGGCAAUGGAACAGGCAAAGUAUUGAUUGGU